GAGAAGACCAAGACUUAUUUCUGUAGACAUCUCCUGCAUCACAAUACUGAAAGCUCCAAUUGAACCCAAAUAAAAUGGCUGCUCUUAUUGCUGAAAAUUUCCGCUUCCUUUCACUCUUCUUUAAAAGUAAAGAUGUGAUGAUUUUCAAUGGCUUGGUGGCUCUGGGUACUGUUGGAAGCCAGGAAGUGUUCUCUGUGGUUGCAUUCCAUUGCCCAUGUUCCCCAACUCGGAAUUACAUCUAUGGUCUGGCUGCCAUAGGGGUGCCUGCUCUGGCCUUGUUCGUGAUUGGUGUAAUCUGGAACAACCACACUUGGAACCUGGUGGCAGAGUGUCACAAGCGAGGAACCAAGAACUUUUCUGCAGCAGCCAACUUCUUGAUCUUUGGAUCUGUCAUGGGAAGAGCUGCAGUGGCUCCUGUUACAUGGUCAGUGAUCUCACUGCUCCGUGGAGAAGCCUAUGUCUGUGCCUUAAGUGAAUUCAUGGAUCCCACUUCCCUGGAUCAUUUUCCACCUGGCUAUGGACCAGAUAUCAUGGCUAGGUUUCCUUGUAAUGAUCUACCAGCCAAUAUGACGCGUUUUAAGGAUGAAGUUAUAAGACGAUUAAAAUAUGAGUCACAGCUCUUUGGAUGGAUGCUCAUUGGUGUGGUUGCAGUUCUUGUGUUCAUCACCAAGUGCCUAAAACACUGCUGCUCACCACUCAGCUACCGCCAAGAAGCCUAUUGGAACCAGUACCGCUCUAGUGAGGCUAGGCUCUUCCAGCGGACUGCUGAGGUACAUUCCAAGAUUGUCGCUGCCAAGAAUGUCAAAAACUUCUUUGGCUUUGUAUAUUUAGAUAAAGAGGAACAGGAACUGGUACAAGCAUUUGAUGUGCAAAAUGUUCAACCAAGGCCACAAUGGGAUGCGAUCACCGGAGUCUACAUCUAUCGAGAAAAUAAUGGCUACCCCCUCUACAGCCGCCUCCAUAAGUGGGCCAAAAAUGUAAUGGGAAACAGCUCUAGUCCUGAUAGCCAGGAAACAGCCUUUCUAGCUACCUAAUAUCUACUCAACAGCAAUCCUACUGAGCUUAACAGAAAUUACUUUUGAGCACUUAGACAGCUAUACUGAAAAGUAUCCAACAAUUGAUUUAUACUUUGACCAAAAUCUCGGAAAAUAUACAGCUGAUAGAUUUCAAAUGAAUGAUGUUACAGGUGAUUCAAAUGUAUUAGGUCUUGUCUCAUCAGAAGUAAGUCCUAUGAAGUUCAGCGGGGUAUAUUCUUAUAUAAGGCUACAGUUUAAAAGUCUGCCACCAAGCAAUAUUGAGGGGGGGGAAAGAACAUUUUUCCAAAUAUCUGUCCAAUUGAACAGGAAACUAUUCACCAAUGUAUAAUUUCAGCAAAUAGGGUAGUUGACAAACAAGUAUCUUUCAAAGCAGCUUGAAAUACCGCCUGAAAA